AUGCCCGGAGGUGUCGGUGUUCGUGAUGUCGAUGCUCACAAGUUCGUCAAUGCCUACGCGGCUUUCCUGAAGCGCCAGGGCAAGCUCCCUGUACCCGGUUGGGUCGACACCGUCAAGACCGGCCCUGCCAAGGAGAUGCCUCCCCAGGACAUUGACUGGUUCUACGUCCGUGCCGCUUCGGUUGCCCGCCACGUCUAUCUCAGAAAGACCGUCGGUGUCGGCCGUCUCCGCAAGGUCCACGGCAGCGCCAAGAACCGCGGCACCCGCCCCUCCAAGCACGUCGAUGCCAGCGGCAGCGUAGACCGCAAGAUUAUGCAGGCUCUCGAGAAGAUCCAGGUUCUCGAGCAGGACGAGGAGAAGGGUGGCCGCCGUAUUACCCAGCAGGGCCAGCGUGAUCUUGACCGGAUUGCACAGACCGUUGCUGAGGCUGAGGAUGAGGAGGAGGAGGAGGAGGAGUAAAUUCGUCCUCAUAUGAGUUCGUCCUUCAAAGUUACUUUACACCCCGUCAUUCUCUGCUUGACGAGAGAAGAUGCCUGGGUGGAAUGGGAGCCGAAAGGCACUGCGCGGCAUGGGUCAGGUCUAGAUUCCCGGUAGCAUAUGGUUUAGGCGUCAUAAAAG